AUGGCCACAACGUCAGCCAUUGUUCCAUCAGGAUCCGCAAUGAGUCCACCCCCACAAAUGACUGUUUCUGCCCCCAUGCCAGUAUCGAUGGCCUUGUCUCAAAGCAGUCGUCUGAACGCCGCCAGUAUUACUACUUCUAGAACUGGUAGUCCCGUAGACUCUCAAAGAGCUGAUUCCCCAGCCCUUUCAACAGAUGGCGCAGCAGGUACCAAUCCUCCUACAAAGAGAAAUGCCUUUGUUCACAAGUUGUUUGCUAUGUUGUCAGAUCCUGCUUUAAAACAUCUUAUUUGGUGGACUGAAAGUGAAGAACAAAAUAUCUUUGCUUUACAUCCUGGUGAAGAAUUUGCUACUGCCUUAACAAACUAUUUUAAGCAUGGUAAUGUGGCUUCAUUUGUUCGUCAAUUACAUAUGUAUGGUUUCCAUAAAGUUAGCGAUCCAAGCAACCAUAGCAGCGAUAAUAACAACAACAAUAAUAACGCUGCAAUUUCUGCAUCUUCUUCCAAUGAGACUUCUGGUUCACCAAAGUCAGCUUCAAAGUUGCCUGUUUGGGAAUUCAAGCAUUCUUCAGGUAAGUUCAAAAAGGAUGAUGAAUCAUCUCUCAAAUACAUCAAGAGAAGAUCUUCUUCCAACUCCUCCCGACACUCCUUUACUAGUUCAAAUGGGGCAGGUUCUAUCUCACAUAGUGGACCAAAUACGUCCAUUUCACAUAACGGUCCCACUUCGGUUCCAAUGCAUGCAUCGAGUGAUGAGUUACUCUCCCAGAAUUCGAACAUCUUACCUCAAUUUCAGCACGCUCAUUUUCAACAAGCUGUGCUUCAAUCACCCCACCAAUAUGCUCACAUGACUGUAUCGUCUCCAAUGCAGCAACCUCAUUCACAAGUUCAACCUCACUUUGACGCUGCUCACUUUCCUUACCCAUAUAUGCAAUCUCCAUACGUUUUGGGGGCUCCUCAACAGCACAUGUACACAGUAACUGGUCAACCUAUGAAUCCUGCAACUCCGGUCCCUUUUCAUCAACACCAACAAUACUCUGCUACAAUUGGUCAACAUAUCCAAGGCUCCAUAGUUCAUCCUCAGCAAAUUGUUGCCCCAAUACCUCAAGCUCCUUAUGGACCUCAUCAACAAUAUCAAAUUCCUCCUGCUGCUCCUGCCGUUCAAGGUCCAGCUAAUCUUCCAACACAAACAGAGGCUGUGGGAAAACCUACUACUCCAUUUUCUCAAACAGCUGGCGCAGAUGCUGAACGGUCGAGAACUCCUCAACUGAAUUCAGUAUCACAUUCACAAUACCAACCCCAAUACUAUGCGCCUAAUUUGCAGUUUAGAAAGAUAUGGGAAUCUUCUUCAACAGAUCACAGUAAGUCUUUGUCUCGUCCAAGAAUCCCAUCGUUGUUGUUGGAUCCUUUGAUUCCAGCAGCAAAUCCAAGUUCACUUCCAAGAAUUAUUCAAAGUAACUUUACAUCACCAGUUAUGCAAAACAGUGAGGCACCACGUUCAGGUACUUCUCUGGUUAAGCCAAACACUAGUAUUUCAAAUCUGAUCAGACCUUCUUUGGUUGGAAUGCAAGCUAGAAGCAGUGGAGCAUCCACCCCAAAUCCAAGUGGGAAGAGAUCACACGAAGAAUCUGUGAGUUCAACUAACUCAUCGAUAUUCCUGAUGCGGUCGACAUCUUCUGCUGCUUCAUCGAGUUCAUUGUCGUUCGGUCUUGGUAAUACUGUUUCUCCUAAACCCUUUUCUGGAAUUCCCAGUCAAGUACCAUGCCGCAACACUUCAUUUGGGGCAGGUUCAUUCCCUCUUUUGAAUGCAAAAAGUGGAUCAUUUGCUAUUGGUCCAACAGAUGUUUCUGAACACUCCAAGACUCAAAGUGUGAUUCAAGUAGCACCCAUUAGAUCAACUUCACCAACUGCAAGAUCUGAGACCAAUAUGGGAGUUGCUACUCCACGUAUUGUUCCUAAGUGCAAAGGAUCUCGCUCUCAAACGUCUUCACCAUUAUCACAGUGUCAUUCAAGUACAAUCAAGGAGGUACUUGAAACACCCAACGUGAAGAAGAUGAGUGUUAUGGAUAUGCUUAAUGAGCGUUCGGACAAACGGAGAAAGGUUGACUAA